AUGAUAUUCAUUUAUUAUUUUCACUACGCGUACUGUACACGUGUACUGUUUUAUACUGUACGUGUCGCCCUUCAACGUUGUAGACUUGUCAUACCUUCGUACGAAAGUACUUCAGUACAACGUUCGAACGUUGUACUUCCGGAAGGUCAUCAAGCUCGCCACGCAGUGAUGACGGUCGAAGUUCAACACCGCGUUAGAGAGACUGCGCUUGAUUUCGAUGUUUUUUUGGAAGAUCUAAAGCAAUGGACCCGUGAAGUUCAGCAGAAGGAUAAAGCUCUUCGCUGCCUUGAGUUUGCUCUGGACAAAAAGGAAGAGUGUCGCACGAGCGCACCGGCAUCUGCCAAAUAUAUUCCUGUGAAAGUGCGAGCCCGCGCGCGAUUACUUCUUGAUAACGCCGAAGGCGAAUUCGAAAACCGAGACUCAUCAAAACACGGAACUUUCCUCGAAGAGUUGCUGAAAAUUGGUAAUGGCUGCUUUCGAAAGAGAGAAUAUGACAGUGCCAUUUUGCACUACAGUAGGUACAUUCAGACACACAGAAAUAGCAGUGCAGCGUUUGCGAAUCGAGCAAUGUGUCAUAUGAAUAAUAAGUGCUGGGCGCUUGCCGAAGUCGACUGCACAUAUGCCUUAGAAGUAGACCCAAACAACGUAAAGGUUGGUCAAAUAUUUAACUGAAAAACUGUUUCUGUUUCACUCAAAAAGCUUUUUAUGUGAAGCAGGCACUCCAUAGAAGAGGAAGUACACGGCAAGAACUUGGGAAGGAGUUGGAAGCAACGAUGGACUUUGAACAAGCACUGCGGUUCAGGCCGAACAACAAGUUUCUUUUCCACGAACGAUACAGAAGCAGACUAAUGCAUGAGAUCACCUCAAAUGUGAGACACACAAGCUUGCGCAAAGUUUUGAGGUUAAGUCAGGGAGAACAAAACGAGUUCAAAGUGGGUAGAUGAU